AUGGCUAAUCUGGAUAAAACCUUAAGCAGGCUAGAAAAGUAUGGGCUGCGUGUAAACAAGGACAAAUAUGACUUUUUCAAAAUGUCCGUGGAGUACCUAGGGCAUGUUAUUGAUUCUGAUGGGUUGCACAUAGCUCCUUCAAAAGUGAAGGCAAUAGUAGAUGCCCCAUCUCCAAGCAAUGUCAGCCAACUGAGAUCAUUCUUGGGUCUCAUGAACUAUUAUGGCCGUUUUAUUCCACAGCUAGCAACGUUGUUGAAACCACUCCAUGAGUUGCUAUGUGAGAGUAGACCCUGGAAAUGGUCACAGUAG